AUGGAGGAAGCUAAAGAGCUCAAAGUUGUCAUCCAAAGUUUGGAAAAAGAGAAUGAAGAGCUACGGUUGAACCUUCUCCGGAUUACUGAAGAAAGGAAUAAUCAUAAGUGGGAGCUUGGGCGGAAGAAAACACAACUUCAAGCAAAUGUGGAAAGGACUGAUAAGGAGGAAUAUAAGAGAAAAAGAGUCAAACAGGGGUUAGAUCAGGCUGAGAGCUGCUUGAAUACCGUCAAAAGCCAACUGAAAGAGGCUGAGAGGGAUUGUCGUGAGAAAGAGAAAUGGUGGAAGCUCGCCACAAAACAAAAGAAGGAGAUAAGAGAGACGCUUGAGGCUGAGAUAGCCAACCUCAAUGUUUCACUCUUUGAAUCAAAAGAAAGGGAAGAACGAGAACGCCGCAGUAAAGAGAGUGCUAUGGCUGCUACUCAGGUUACACCUGAAAUGUGGAAUGGAAAGUGCCAGGAGGCUGAAAAUGCUAAUGAGUGGGAACGAUACUGGAGAGGCCGACAUGACUCUUUGCUACAAGAAGGUGAAGAUUGGAUGAACGCAAGGGAAAAUGUGAAUGCUAGUUUGGCAGCCUGCGAGGAAACCAUCCAGUUUUUACAUGAACAAAGAAAUGAGUAUCGAGACAAGUUUGCCAGUUUGAUAGACUUCUGUAAUGGCAUGGCUACGAAUGUGCCUUUGAUGCUAAGAUGUGCUUUGGAAGACAUAGACAAUGACAACAUCCCUCGUUCAGUGACUGAAUUUAUUUAUCUUUGUGAAGACAUGAUAAAAAGGUUCAAAGGAGAGUUGGAAGAUCUCAACAAACAGAAGCCUGCAGUUUGA